AUGCUUCCCUCAUCAACAUGGACUAACCUCCUCCUCCUCCUCUCAACCUCUGUCUUCAUCUUCAUCUCACUCAGCACCUCCCUUCCAACCCCAGCAACCAAUCUGCGCAGCAGAUCUCCAGACCCAAGAAUGAUCCCCAGCCAUACAGACCUACUCUCCACUCUUCUCGCCAACACCAGUCUCGAGAAGCUAGACGAAUACAACCAUCUCGGUUCACACGGUAGCAAUACCAACAGCAACAACGUCCAUGGUGCCAUUGACGACAGCAACAGCAAUAACAGCACCGUAACGGCCAAGGAUAACGCAGUCGAGAGUGGGAAGGACCCCGUGGAUGACCCGGUGGGGUUUAUGAAUUCGUUGUUCGAGUCCUUGAGGAAGAAUUUCCGAGAGGUCUUGGAUGAUGGGGAUGAGGUUUUAUUGUAG